GCAUUCUGGGAAGGAGAAGCCGUAGACCAUUUUAGCUGCCGAUGACAUCGAAUGAGUCGACGGAUAAAGUCAGAUUUUUGCACAGAAGGGAUCGAUUUUCUGUCGUAACAUUUCUCAGACUUUGAGAAACUUUUGUUUCAACGUUUAGUUGAAAUAUAUCUGGGGGAUUGAGAAAAUAGAAUGGGUGCAGAUAAACGGGUCAGCCGUACAGAGCGUAGCGGCAGGUAUGGCUCGGAGCAAUCCCGUGACGAUGACCGCAGAGACCGCCGUGAUCGAGACGAUCGAGGAUACGAUUCGCAUCGCUGGAGUGACGAUCGCCGUAGCGAUCGUUAUGAUGGUGAAAGAAGUGAUAGAAGUGAUCGAUAUUGGAGCAGGGACAGUCCAGAGCGAGGGAGGAAACGUCGCAGCAGCGAUGGAUCUGAUGAUGGACAUCACUCCGAUGGUGAUUACUCUGAGCAUGAUUACAGAGGAGACCCAGCUGAUGAGAAGGAGAGCAAAACCAUCAUGCUCCGAGGUCUGCCCAUGAAUACAGCAGAGGCAGAUAUUCGAACGGCAAUCGAGCAGCUGGACGGACCAAAGCCGAUGGAUGUGCGCCUGAUGAAAAAGAGGACAGGUAUAAGCCGAGGUUUCGCCUUCGUGGAGUUUUAUCACUUGCAAGAUGCUACCCGAUGGAUGGAGACCAAUCAGAAACUGCUGGUCAUUCAAGGCAAGACCGUUGCAAUGCACUACAGCAACAACCGUCACAAGUUUGAGGACUGGCUCUGCAAUUCGUGUGGCCUAUACAAUUUUCGGAGGAGACUGAAGUGCUUCAGGUGUGGCGCCGCUAAAGCGGAUUCAGAGUCCAGUAACGCCACAGGUACUACAGACGCCCAACCCAGUGGUGAUUACUAUGGCGACACCAUUAUCUUGAGAAACAUCGCACCUCAUUCGACUGUUGAAGCCAUCCUGACCGCACUUGCACCUUACGCCAACCUCUCACCUGGCAAUAUCCGCCUUAUUAAAGACAAACAGACCGGACAGAACAGAGGUUUUGCCUUCGUCCAGCUGGCUUCACCUUUGGAAGCGUCUCAGCUUUUAACCAUCCUGCAGGGCUUGCAGCCUCCUCUUAAGCUGGAUGGCAAGACCAUCGGGGUAGACUACGCCAAAAGCGCCCGCAAGGACUUGUUAUUGCCAGAUGGGAACCGCGUCAGUGCCUUUUCGGUUGCCAGCACGGCUAUUGCAGCUGCUCAGUGGUCCUCUAGUCAGCCCCAGCAAAGUGUUGACCCUGCAUCAGAAUACAGCUACCUGCAAGAGGGAUACGUACCUUUUUCACAGGAGUAUCAGGCAUACUACCAGCAGCAAGCUGGAGUUGUGGAUCCUUCCCAUGGUAACGGCAUACUUGGAGCUGCUCCUGGAGUGAAAGUUCUUCCAACCGCUGCUGGAGUCGUGAUCUCUCAGGGCGCUCAGGUUUAUCAACCUCAUAUCAUCAGCCAACCAGCUACUCAGGCAUUGCAGGCUGUGCACAUUGAAGGCAAAGCUCAACCAAUCACAGCUGCUGCCACCAUCUCCGCCCCUGCGGCCUCGUUAGUCGCUGCAACGGCCGCCACAGCUACCUCUCAGGAAAAUCAAGCCAUCCCAGACACAUCAUCUUACCAGUACGAUGAAUCUUCUGGAUAUUACUAUGACCCCAGUACCGGGCUUUAUUAUGACCCAAACACGCAUUAUUACUACAACUCUCAGACGCAGCAGUAUCUGUACUGGGACAGUGAGAAACAGACGUAUGUGGCUGCCGGGGACAACCAAUCGCAAAGCGCAGCUGGAUCCUCCACUACUCCAUCGAAAGAAGGCAAAGAAAAAAAAGACAAACCCAAGAGCAAAACCGCCCAGCAGAUUGCAAAGGACAUGGAGCGUUGGGCCAAGAGUCUGAACAAACAGAAGGAAAACUUCAAGAGCAGCUUUCAGCCCAUCAGUCAAGAAGAAAGGAGAGAGGCGGCCGCAGCAGAUGCCGGUUUUACUCUCUUUGAGAAAAAGACGGGUGCGCUGGAAAGGUUUAUGACAGAAGCAACUAAAGCCAUGGAAGAUGACAACUCCUUUUCAAAGGUGGGGUUGGUGGCAGCGUACAGCGGUGACAGUGAGCCGGAGGAAGUUGCAGACGGGGACGAUAUGGAGGAUAAAUUAACCGACUGGAAGAAGAUGGCGUGUCUGUUGUGCAGGAGACAGUUCCCCAAUAAAGAAGCUCUUCUACGCCACCAACAGCUCUCAGACCUGCACAAGCAAAACCUGGAGGUCAUGAGAAGAUCCAAACUGAGUGAAGCUGAGCUGGAGGAGUUGGAGAGGAAGGAAACCGAAAUGAAGUACAGAGACCGAGCAGCCGAGAGGAGAGAGAAGUACGGCAUUCCUGAACCGCCUGCUCCCAAGAAGAGGAAAUUCACCCAACCUGCACCAGUAGUAAAUUAUGAACAGCCCACUAAAGAUGGACUGAACAGUGACAAUAUAGGAAAUAAAAUGCUUCAGGCUAUGGGCUGGAAGGAAGGCAAAGGUCUGGGAAGGAACCAGCAAGGCAUUACAACACCCAUCGAGGCCCAGUUAAGAACGAAAGGAGCUGGUUUGGGCACUAAAGGGAGCAGCUACAAUCUCACUGCUUCAGACACCUACAAAGAUGCUGUACGAAAAGCUAUGUUUGCACGCUUUACAGAGAUUGAAUGAAGAGAUCUGCAUGUUUGUAUGAAAAAAAGACGAGUCUGGAUUCUCCGGUCCUCCACCCUGGAGGAGUGUCAGCUAUUUAUUUUUGGAAGUGUCUGUUGAUGAAAAUAUGUGAUUAGAAGAAUGUGUACAUAUGUACAAAGCCCUCAAGCAAUGUGAAGAACCUUUUUGAUUUCGAUUAUUUGCUUUUUUCAAAUUUGCUCUCUGUAAAGUUGAUAUAAAAUGAUCUCAUUUUUGUACAUAAGAUAAUAAAUGAGAUAAUAAUCUU